CUCCAGGCUCCGAGCUGUCAGCACAGAGCCUGACACAGGGCUUGAACUUGUGAAUUAUGAGAUCAUGACCCCAGCUGAAGUCAGACGCCCAACUGCCUGAGCCCCCCAGGCGCCCGUUGGUAUUUCUGUUCUUUACCAAAAGAACUUACAGAUAAGCAGAGGCUUAUUGAGGAUUCAGCCACCUUCCCUGGACUCCUCUUGCACUUAGAAUGCUGGCAUUUCUUUGAGCUUUUUAUAACUACCUAGAACUUUCCGUGCACCAGGCAUGGUGAGAAGCGCUCUCCCGCCGUGAUGCGGGUGCCACUAUUAACCCCACUGGGCAGGGAAGAAAGCCAGGGCUCAGGAAUUAAGUAACCUGCCUAAGAGUCCCGGCUGAGAGUUUGUGUCCAAAUGUGACCUCAGGUCUGCGCUCUGGCCCCUCUUCCCAGGCGGCGCCUCCUUCUCCUCGCCUCAUUCUGUUGCUGUUCUGCCAUGAACUAGCUGUGUGGCCUUGGGAACUGACCCUUGUCUGUUGGGAUGAUGAUCUUUAAGGUCCUUCCUGCUCAGCCCAUGGAGUCAUGAUGGAGCGUCACUGUUCUGGGUGUGGGGACACAGCAGAGAACAGGAGAAACAAGGAUUCUUGCCCUCUGGAGGCUACAGGCUCGUGGUGGGGAGGCAGGCACGAGACCAACAAGGAACCGGAAUGUUUCACAUAUUCAGAAGCAGUGCGUCCAACAGAGAAAAAUGAAGCAGGGAAAAGAGGAGGGAGGGAUAACCAGAGUGGGGAGUCCGUGAUUUUAAAUAGAGUGGCCCAGAAAGACCUCUCCGGGAAGAUGGCCCUUGAGCGCAGUCCUAAAGGAAGUGAAGGAAAGAGCAUUUCAGGCAGACGUAACCGCACGUGCAAAGGUCCUGGGGCUGGAGUGUGCCUGGAGCUUUCAAAGGCUUUCGAGCAGGCCCCUGUGUGUGGAGCAGGUAAAUGGGUAUGAUAUCAGCAAGUACAAGAUACGCAGGGCACUGUGGGUCACGGUGAGGAUGUGAGGACAGAAGGAAAUGAUCCUGCCCUGGCACAUCCCCGAACGAACAGCCAUCUUAAGAAUUGGCCAGAAGCUGGGGUGGGGGGUGUUGUCGGGGCAGCAGACGGAGGAGAGGUCGUUGUAGAGCUCGGGGCAUGGUGGUUCAAGCGGUGAGAAGUGAGCCAAGACCUUUGUCUAACCCUAAAUAGUAGUUAUCAAAUGCUGAUUUUAGGGGGGUGCAUUGGGAUGCCUAAGACCAUGAGAACCAGAGAAAAAUCCAGGACUUAUCCUAAGGGAUUGUCGAUGCGCUGGACUGACUGCUCACAGAAGAUUCCCAGCACCCCAAGACCCCAAGAUUCUCCAUCACCCUCUCAGUCACUGCCUUCUGUGGAUUCUGGGGUUCUUACAAAAGCAAGCGUCCUCCCUGCCGUGAGAUCUGCAGAGACCCAGGGCAAGGCGCAGGCUCUGUGGGCAGGGCCGAGACAGACGGAAGGACCUGUCAGACCUGCUCGUCGGCUGUUCAGCCCGUCGUGGGUCAGCCUGCCUUUGCUUCUCCCGGACAAGGAAGGCAAGGACAUGGAGUCUGUGCCCGAGAGAGCAGGAGAAAGGAGGGGAAGGAAGGUUUCUACACCCAGCUGCCUGCUGCUGGCGGUCACCGGAUGGUCUGAGCUCUCGCUGACUCACGUUCUCCUGUUCUGGAGUCCUGUGCGUGCACUGUGCGUGUGAGCGAGUGUGAGCACGUCUGCGCGCGCGUUUCGCAGAGUUGAAAAGGUCUAGAGGGAUCUCCGGGGUAACUUUUCCUCACCGUUGGGACUAAGGCCUAUUUAAACUGGAACCGAGGGGCGCCUGGGGGGCUCAGUGGGUUGAGCGUCCAACUCUCGGUUCCGCCUCGGGUCAUGAUCUCGCGGCUCAGUCCACACUCAGCCCGGAGCCUGCUUGGGAUUCUCUCUCCCCCUCUCUCUCUCUCUUCUAACCCGCUCUCUCUCCCUCUCAAAGUAAAUAAGUGAACUUAAAAAAAAUAGAAUACAUCAGAAGCGAGUUGCAAAGACACUCCUACGUGUUUUCUUGCCACUCGGGGUUUCAUCGUUGGCUGCUUCGCCGCACAAAGGAUGGGCUGCGAUGGCUGCCACCCAGCUACACCCCCUUACCUGGCCCCGGUGUCCCCAGGGUCCCCAGGGUCCCAGGAGAGGGCGGCGGUUGGUUGGGGUGUGGAGAGUCCUGGGGAGACCUCUGUCUUCAUCUGCCCUGAUGCUCUGUGUUCCCUCCGAUGGGGCAGGGUCUGUGGACAGUUGAGUCCUAGCAGACCCUGUGUGGGAGUCCCACGAAGUCUGGGGCCAGGCCCGAAACCGAAUGGACCAGGUGCUCACCGCGCGGCCGGGAAUGCAGCCUGGGGUCCAGGUUUCUGCCUCCAAUCGGUGCAGGGUGUGUGCGCCCCCAGGAAGGUCCGCCCACCUCUGUGGAGCUUCCUCUAGUGGAAGUCGGGGGGAAUUUGGGGUGCCUUCGCCUUGAAGUCGGGGGGAAUUUGGGGUGCCUUUGCCUUGCAGACUCCACCCGAGUUUUCUUCUCUCCAGACGAGCAAUUAGCGGGGAGAGAGUCCUUGAGACCCUUCCCUGGUCCUGUCCCGGGGUCCCGUGCCCCUCCGCCCCACGCCACACCUCUCCAUCAGUCUCAGGGCUCGGCGGCCAAAGCUCCCCUCAGUUUGCGGCUGCUUUAUAUAAAUAUAUAAAAUUCUGGCUCCCUUUGCGAGGAGCUGGGGCAGAGGGGUCCCCUGGGCCUGCUUCAGGCAGCACCUUUACCACUCGCACGGAUUUUGUAUGUUGAAUCUGACCCAGACUCUGAGCUGGACGUGUGGGAGUCAGCUGCGCUCAUGAGGUGUCAUCGAUGUUAUGGAACAGGCGCUCCUGGGGGCGCAGGACAGCUGAGGAGGACUCGGAUGCUGGGCCGAGCAAGCAUCAGGACAGAAAGGAGGGGGCGUCAGGGAACAUCCCAGGGCAGAGGACGAAGCUCGGCUGAGGGCGUGUGCAGGCCUGGCGUGGCCCAGAAGACGGAAGGAGGAACGGGGGGCUGGUGUCCCAUAUGUCGAGGGUGGCAGGCAUUGGCCUCGGGGAGGCGGGGGCAGGGCGAUCCCCUGGGUUCCUCCUCACCACCCACCCUCCCCUGCAUCCGGGCAGGGCGUGGGGUCGGAGGGAAGCAGGGUGUGGUUGCUGACAGCUCUGUGGUCUUUUUAUUUGAAAAAAAAAAAAAAAAAAAGACGUUAUUAAAAUGUAAUUCAUAUACUGGACAACUCAGCCAUUUAAGGGGUGCAAUUUAUGGCUUUUAGCGUAUUCAUCGACACGAGCCACCAACACCACAGUCCCAGAGGGGCCCAGGCGCUGUGGGUGCCCAGGGCACCUGGCAAGCGCCCUUGACAUUCUAGGGCUCGCGACCCUGCUUCCUUCGAGGACCCUGCUUCCCGGCCCCGGGGAAGUGUCUGUAGUCACUGAGAAACCACGGAAGUCAGAGAGCUGUCAAAUUAUUUCCUGGAUCAGAAUUUGCCUGCUGUUUUCCUCCCUUGCCUUAGUCUUUGGCGCCUGAACUUUGAGUUUUGGAGCAAGUCACGUGGCUCAAGAGCAGGCAGGCCAAAUUGGCGCUGGCCUGGCGGGCUACUGCGCCCAGCCCCGUCCCGCCCCGCAGCCCGCAGAGAAGGGAGCCGGCGGCCGGCACCGCACCCGGCCACGGAGGGGACACCGGAUCCCAGCGCACCGUGAGGACCGCCCGUGGGAAGGAGCCGGAGGGCCCCUUGACCUCUUCAAGAGGCAUUCGAGCCCCGCCGGCCCAGCUGGCCAUUCCAAGGAAAAGGGCCAAAUCGCAGGAAUUCAGGGGUCUGAGAGGACGUCACCACGGCGCUGAGUGCAACGGAGGACAGAUGGAAAUGACCUGCGUUCCCUAGCUUGCGGUCAUGGCGACCCUUCACCGCACAGACUCGACGCUCACGGCCCUGGAUGAGGAGACGCUGUGGGACAUGAUGGAGAGCCACCGCCACAAGAUCGUGAGCAGCAUCUGCCCCAGCCGCCUCACGCCCUACCUGCGCCAGGCGAAGGUGCUGGACCAGCUGGACGAGGAGGAGGUGCUCCACAGCCCCAGGUUCACCAACACGGUCAUGAGAGUCGGGCACUUGCUGGAUUUGCUGAGGACUCGAGGGAAGAAUGGAGCCAUUGCCUUCCUGGAGAGCCUCAAGUUCCACAACCCUGACGUGUACACCCUGGUCACCGGGCUGCAGCCCAAAGGGGACUUCAGCAACUUCAGUGGGCUCAUGGACACGUCCAAGCUGACCGAGUGCCUGGCCGGGGCCAUCAGCAGCCUGCAGGAGGAGCUGGGCCAGGAGAAGGGGCACAAGGAGGCCCUGCGGCGGCGCUGUCGGCAGCUGCAGGAGCGCCUGGGCCGGGCGGAGGCCCACGUGCGGAGCCUGGGCCAGCUGGAGACCGACCAUGACCGUGUGAAGCGCGAGGUGCUGAAGCUGAAGGACGAGAUGCUCAGCCUGUCAUUGCACCACAGCAACGCGCUGCAGGAGAAGGAGCUGGCGGUCACCCGGUGCCGCGGCCUGCAGGAGGAGCUGUACCUGCUGAAGCAAGAGCUAGAACGCGAGAAGAUGUCUUCUUCCCACGAGCGGGACUGUCGAGAGCGUUCCCCGCAGAUGGCCGACGGCCUGGGGCCCGGGGACAAGGAGCUGACCCGCCUGAAGGAGGAGAACGAGAAGCUCCGGUCGCUGACGUUCAGCCUGGCGGAGAAGGACAUCCUGGAACAGAACCUGGACGAGGCCCUGGAGGGCACACAGACGCUGGUGGAGCGUAUCCACUCCCUGAGGCAGCGGGCCGUGGCCGCCGAGAGGCAGCGGAAGCAGUACUGGGAGGAGAAGGAGCAGACCUUGCUGCAGUUCCAGAGGACUAAGGUCGACUGUGACAUCUACAAGGAGAAGAUCGGCGCCCUACAGGGCCAGUUGCUGGAGCUGCAGCGAGAGCGAGACCAGGCCUACUCAGCGAGAGACGCGGCCCGGAUGGAGAUUUCUCAGAGCCUGACAGAGAAGGACGCCCUCCGCAGGAAAGUGUUUGAACUGACAGACCAGGUCUGGGAGCUGCGCCAUCAGCUUCACCGGCCGCAGGCCGAGUCCCUGCGAGGGCCUGAGCAGGAAGCCGGAGCCCGGGAGCCGUGUCCAAAGGGGAAGCAGCGGCUCGUGCGCAUGUUGGCCAUCUGUCCACGGGAUGACAGUGACCGCAGCUUCGCCGAGUCUCAGCUCUGCUCUGACCUGAGCGCCACAUCCAGCCGUGAGCUGGUGGACAGCUUCCGGUCCAGCAGCCCCAUGCCUCCCAGUCAGCAGUCCCUGUGCAAGCGGGCCACAGAGGACUUCUGGGACGACCCCUGGUCUUUCAGCAGCUUCCCAGAAACCCUGCAGGUGGACCGGGGACCCUCCCCGGGGGCUAAGACAGGUGCUGCAGACCUGGAUUAUGAGAUUGUAGACCCGGCAGAACUUGCCGACUGUGACAGCCUGCAGCCAUCCUCCGGGGGCCUCUCCAUCUCAGCCAGCAGCGUCCCGGUGCGGAGGAGGCCGGCCCGCAAGAUCCUGAACCAGGUCACCGUGCUGGCCUUCCAGGGGGACAAGCUGCUGGAGCAGAUAAGUGUCAUUGGCGGCAACCUCACGGGCAUCUUCAUUCACCGGGUCACCCCAGGCUCCGCGGCGGACGAGAUGGCCUUGCGCCCGGGCACCCAGAUCAUGACGGUGGAUUACGAGGCAACGGAGCCCUCGUUCAAGGCCACCCUGGAGGACACAACUCUGGAGCAGGCCGUCGGACUUCUCCGGAGGGUGAAUGGCUUCUGCUGCCUGUCUGUGAAGGUCAACGUGGAGGGUUAUAAGAAGUUGGUCCAGGACCUGGAGACCAAAGUGGCUACCUCGGGGGACUCCUUCUACAUCCGGGUCAACCUGGCCCUGGAGGCGAGGGCGGUCGGGGAGCUGCAGGUGCAAUGCAACGACAUCCUGCAUGUCACCGACACCAUGUUCCGGGGCCGCGGCUGCUGGCACGCCCACCGCGUGGGCCCCUAUAGCACGAAGGGCACCGAGAGGGGCAGCAUCCCCAACUAUGCACGGGCUCAGCGGCUGCUCAUUGCUCUGAUCCAGCGGAGCACCAUCGCCCGCAAGCAGUCUUCCGGGGAACCCCAGAAGCUGGUCCGCAUCGUCAGCGUGGACAGAACCAAGGCCAGCCCUGUGUGCUCAUCCUCUGAGGGGGCCCUGUCGGAGCGCAGCAGGCCGGAAGAGCCCUCCACCACGUGCUUCUGGGCCGAGACCUGCUUCACCCUGGUGCCCUACAGCCUGGUGCGUCCCCACAGGCCCAGCCGGCCCCGGCCCGUGCUCUUCGUGCCCAGGGUGGUCGGCAGGAUCCUGAGCGAGAAGCUGUGUCUCCUCCAGGGGUUUAAGAAGUGCCCAGCAGAGUACUUGAGCCAGGAGGAAUACGAUGCCUCCAGCCAGAGGGGGGACAUCAUCCAGGAGAAGGAGGCACCCGGUGGCCGCUACUGGGUGACCCGCAGGGCCAUUGAGUCCCUCAUGGAGAAGAACACCCACGCCCUCCUGGACGUCCGGCUGGACGGCGUCCGUGCCCUCCACAGGUCGGAGAUCUUCCCCAUCAUCGUCCACAUCUCCGUCAACGAGAAGGCGGCCAAGAAACUCAAGAAGGCCCUGCAGCGGCUCAACACCUCGGAGCGGCAGCUCCUGGAGGCGGGCAGGCAGGAGGAGGGCGAGCUGGACGAAGUGCCCUGUCUGUACAGCAGCCUGGCCCCCGAUGGCUGGAGUGACCUGGAAACCCUGCUCGGCUGUGUCCGCUUGGCCAUCGCGGACGAGCAGAAGAAGGUUGUGUGGACAGAGAAGAGCCCCCGCUGACGCCCCCGGAGUCCCCUGCAGAAAUUGUGGGGACCUCUGAGUCCCCACAGGAGUCCCUGACAACGUGGCCCUGUGCGUUGAGCUCAGGGCCUCUCAGGCACAGCCCUGGGGGUGCUCACCAAACAAGCCCAGCUCUCCGGGCUCCCCUCUCUCACCAGGGUCUGGCCUUGAACUACAUGCAGGGGACAGUGGGCAUUCGGACCAUCUCCUCCUCCUCCAAGGCUCCGCGUGGUCUGGAACCAGACGCCCCGAGAACAUUUCCGCAGUGGGGGCGUCUCCCGAGCCUUCCCAGAGCCGGAGGCCCCAGAUGUCCAGAAAACCACCUGUCGGACCCGAAUCACUGUACUUCCCUUUGCAACUCAAUGUGCCAAAGGGCUUGUUCCAAAGCCACGGUGGCCGCAAGCUGGUGGCCCUGAUGACCCCCACGGUCACUCCCAUCCCUGCCCAGAGCAGAGACACAACCCCUCUUGUAACGUCAUCCUGACUUUCUCAGCUCCCGAUGGCAGACAGGUGCCUCAGUAACUCCAAUUUAGAGAGAUGUGUGUAUGUGCUGGGAAGCCUAGUUUCCCAGUGAUGGAAACAGUAUUUUCAGCGGUGCCUGGCGGUUUCGGGGGACCCGUGGGGGGUCCUCGAGAAGCCUUCCACAGACACAUUGCACGAACGCCAUCUGGGCUCCCCCUGAGCCUGGGAACUGCCCCCCUCUAACUGGGUACCUCCCCCCCACCAGCUCCUUCUCCAGAGUAAAGCACCUUUACUCCACCUCCAGAGCUCAGGAGACAUUUGGGCGUGGCUUGGGCAGGGACCUCUGGGGUCCCCUCACCACCCGGCCUUGCCGCCCGCGGUCACAGACUGAAUGGAGUUCUGGCAGCAGCGGCCCUGAGUCUGAGUGCCUCGGGCGGUUGCUCUAGAACUCAGACCGCCAUUAUCGCGAACGAGGUCAGAAAAUGAACUUCUAUGUAUUUUACUGAAAUAAAGCUUUUCCGGUGCCCUGGA